UCAGACGCAUCAUGGCGGCGGCGGAGAAGACGCAGCGCUACGAGGCCUUCGUCAGCGACGUCCUGCAGCGGGACCUGAGGCGCGUGCAGGAGCAGCGCGAGGCCGUGCAGGAGCAGCAGGCCCAGGUGCUGCAGCUCCAAUCCGCCCUCGCACGACUCCAGGACGUCGCCGCCCCCCUGCGCACCCAGGUCGAUCUCGGCUGCAAUUUCUUCGUCAGCGCCGAAGUCCCGGACCCCCGGCGCGUUUUCGUGGCUCUGGGGUUCGGAUUCUUCGCGGAGCUGACGCUGCCCGAGGCCCUUCGGCACCUGGAGCGCCGCAGCUCCUUCCUGCAGAGGCUCAGCGAAUCCCUGACCCGGGACGGGGCCAAGAUCCGCGCCCACAUCCGGCUGGUGCUGGAGGGCCUGCGGGAGCUGCAGGGGCUGCAGGGCCCCUCCCCCACCCCGGACCCCUGAGGGACCCCUGGGCUGGCCCCGCCCCCACCUUGGUGUAAAGCUGGAGUAUUUUACACAUCGGAGUAACCUUUGUGUAAAGCUGGAGUAAAACGGAGUUUUUUAUACCUUGGAGUGACCUGUGUGUAAAGCUGGGGACUUUACACCUCAGAGUAACCUGUGUGUAAACCUGGAGGUUUCUACACAUCGGAGUAAUUUGCGUGUAAAGCUGGAGUAAAAUGGAGUUU